AUGGCCCUGGCGCUGCUGCCACUGGCGCUGCUGCUCCUGGCCACAGGUGAUACUCAAGCUGGUCGGGUGUCCAGGUCCAGCGAAGCCGGGACCAGCCCAGAGAUAAGCAAGCUAGCCUUUCCUGUUGACACUCUCGACUCCUUCAGUUAUAACCCUUCUAAAUACAGAUCACCAGACUGUACUCUCUAUGCCACUUCAGCCUGCCCCAGGAACCUCAGCCCUGUGUGUGGAAGUGACAUGAACACUUACGGGAAUGAAUGUACUCUGUGCAUGAAAAUCAGGGAGGCUAACACCCCUAUUGAAAUUGUCAAAGAUGAGCCAUGCUGAUGGGCUGCUACCGAAGAGCAGAUGGAGAA